GCUCAGUUCUCAGCCUUCUCUCGAGCUGAGAGGACUAAUCCCCCCGACCCUAGGCUUCAUAAAAAUCCCCAAAAUUAAUUGUAAAAAUAUAAAAAAUCGUCGAUCGCCAAAUAUAACCAAAUGUGACACACCGGACCAGUAACCCCCCAUACCAAUGACACGACAACUACAAUACUACCACUAGCCACGACAACCAGACCAAAUUUAGGAGCCAGGAAGCAACCAAAUUUAGGAGCCAGGAAACUGUAAGACUUGCAUUAAUAGGAAACCACACACAUCCGGAAUGCUGCAGCUGGUGCAGAUGACCCGCCAUGCAGCCACCUGGCUUGGCUGGACUCCCGGUCCGGUCAAGGCCGGUGGUGCCGGCUGCGAAUGCCUUCCGGCGGACGACGAGUUAGUCCAGGAGUCGUCCGGUCUGGCCACCGUCCUCAUGCUUUACGUGGCCAUAGCGGUACUCUUCCUGGUCGUGAAUCAUUGCACGGGACGGGCCAAGCCGGAGCUGGCGGCGCUGGAGAGGCGCCAAUUCCAGACCGCCCGGCGCAGUAGCAGUGUGCGUCGGAGUGGAAGCCCCAGUGGAAUCGCCCCCGCCGCCGGCCGAAUGCCGCACGCCCCGGAAUGGCUGGCCACCCUGCCGGACCUGAUCCGGCAGGUGGCCGCCCCCAGACGACCAACGACCCUGUACCGCCAGCGACUGCGUCAGCAGGAUGAGCCCGAGCUAGAGCUGCACCGGGACCAGGACUAUCUCAGGCAGGAGCAGCUCCAGGAGAAGGAGCAGGACCAGCUCAACGCGGACUGGCAGGAUGCGGUGGACGAGGAUCCGCCAUCGUCCGGCCAGGCCCCUGCCCAGCUGGUGUCCCUGCCACAGCGUCAGAACUCGAUAUACUUUGACUUGCCCUCGGAAGCCGAAUAGGAGCUUCGACUCACAAAUGCGUUACACAAUCAAUCCAAUCACCAAUUACGAAAUAAAACUAAAAACUAAAAAAAAAAAA